CAUUAUUAAGGAUUAAUUAGUUGUUAAUCAAAAUUAUUAAGGUCUAAUCAUGGAGUGGUCUUGGCCGGAGAGUGUGUUAUCAAAUGGGGAAAGGGUGAAGGAAGAGUUGAUGCAAGGGCGUGAGCUUGCAGGUAAACUUUGUAGGGUUUUUGAUAAUCACAAGUCAACACUUGUUAGUGGUUUUGGUGGUGGUGGUGGUGGUUCGGCUGAGGAUCUUGUUGAUAAGAUUUUGGGAUCAUUUGCAAAUACCCUUUUGAUCUUAAAUGGAAAAGAGUCUGACGGGGAGAUUGUUUCUGGUGAUCAGAUUCAAGGGAUCAGUAGUGGUGGUGGCUCUGCAGAUUCAUCAUCUUGGGAUGCUAAUCAUACGGCGGCUGUUAUUAAGUCUGAAGAUUUUUAUGAGGAGAGUUGUAAGACUACUUCAACCUUCAAGGAUCGUAGAGGUUCCUACAAGAGAAGAAAGACUUCACACUGUUGGACUAGAGACACUCCUGCUUUGGCUGACGACGGUCAUGGAUGGAGAAAAUACGGACAAAAACGCAUCCUUAAUUCCAAGCACUCAAGGAAUUACUAUAGGUGCACUCACAAGUUCGAACAAUCUUGCAAAGCAACCAAAUACGUGCAACAAAUUCAAGAUCAUCCACCAAUGUUUCGGACCACAUAUCACGGCAACCACACAUGCAGAGACUACCUAAAAGCUUCUGAGUUGCUCUUGGAUUGUACAAGUCCUAGAGAGUCUUCAAAUUUCAUCAGAUUUGGCGACACCAAACAAGAUCACCCCUUUUUCUCAUUCUUCACAUCAGUUAGAAAAGAAGAAUUGGUCUUCAAGGAAGAAUCGAUCAUCAAGGAAGAGAUACCACCAACAAGUGAUGAUCGUGUGAUGACAAGCCACGACAACUAUUCAUGGUUGUGUGAUUAUUUUGUGUCACCCGAUCUGACGACGUUCGAGUCCUCUGGGCCCCCGAGUGGGUUCUCAUCAACCCUCGAUGAGUUUGAUCAUGAGGAUGUGAUUUCUAGGUUAAUGAUGGGGUCUUUUGACUUGGAUGAAGUUUUGCAAUAUAUUUGA